GCCACAACAAAUGGAGGCGACACAAUACAUGUAAUAGACAGUUGGUGUCUUGACAAUGUCAUUGGAGACAGACCUCUUGCAGUAGAAAUACCUUGUGGAAGGAAGAUGGAUGAAGAUUGUGACUGUCCAGAAGGACAGCCAACGUUGGUAUUUACACAUUUUGCAGAGUGUGUACAACCAUGUGGUGGCAAACUAGAACGAAGUGCCAAAUGUAUCAACUAUGACUUUUUCUGUGAACAAGAAGGUUCAGAUCAGGCUAUUACAAAUUGUGCUCGAAUUAUUGAUACAGAAGAAGAUUGUGGACAGGAUCUGGUUGCUACUUGUAGUACUUAUUCAUGGGUUGGUACUGGCAGAAUCACACGAAAUGCAACAUGUGGUCCCAUUGAAUUAAGAGAAGAGAUGGCAUGUCAGGUGCUCAUCUUUCUGAGACAAGGACAGAACACUUUUCUGGUGCCAGAUAUAGAGUGUUUUGCAUUUGGACCACUAAGUCGAGAGUCAAAGGAAGCAGCCAGUCUCAGUUACAGAUCAGAAGCAUGUAACUAUAUGCCAGGAGAAUGGAGUGCCUGUGAUGCCACAUGUGGGGCAGGUACACAGACAAGAACAAAGAAAUGCUUGCAAAGGGGAAGGCGUGAAAUAGAUUUAAUACAAUGUAGUUACGUUCCUGGUAUUAUCGAUCCUCCUACUACUAAAAGCUGUAGUGUUAGCUGUAAAUACGUGCCUACAGAAUGGAGUGCAUGCAGUGCUACUUGUGGUGAUGGUACAAGAGAAAGACGCAGAAGUUGUGUGCAGACCAUUGAUAGUGUUGAAAGAACAGUUGAUUUUAACGAGUGUGCUAAAGAUGCAAGCAUAGUCAUUCAGCCAGAACAGGAGACUGAACUUUGCAAAUUGAGAGAUUGUGAAUGUGAAGUACCAUAUUAUGUUCCAGAGGAUUAUGGCACAUGUUCAGCCACUUGUGAAGGCAUGCAGACACGAUCUAUCAGAUGUGAAUGUCCUGUUGAAGGUGUAGUACAACAAGAAGAGAUGAGUGUUUGCAGGAGGCUCAUUAGUGGGGCAGCUCCAGAAACAGUGAGACGAUGCAACGAUAUUCCGUGUCCAACGUAUCAAUACAGAGUUGGGGCGUGGGGACAAUGUGACUCAGUAUGUGGGACAGGGAAUCGUAGCCGUCAAGUUGAGUGUGUUAAGACGCAAGGAAGUGUUGUGAGCAUUGUGUCUUUACAAGUAUGUACUGAUAAUGGUCUAAGUGAGCCACCAAUUUCUGUUGAAAGUUGCAGUGUUAGCUGCCAAUAUGUGGCUACAAAAUGGAGUACAUGCAGUGCUACUUGUGGUGAGGGUACGAGAGAAAGACGCAGAAGUUGUGUGCAGACCAUUGAUAGUGUUGAAAGAACAGUAGAUUUUAAUGAAUGUGCUAAAGAUGCAAGCGUAGUCAUUCAGCCAGAUCAGGAGACUGAAAGUUGCAAAUUGAGAGAUUGUGAAUGUGAAGUACCAUAUUAUGUUCCAGAAGAUUAUGGCACAUGUUCAGCCACUUGUGAAGGCACACAGACACGAUCUAUCAGAUGUGAAUGUCCUGUUGAAGGUGUCGUACAACAAGAAGAGAUGAGUGUUUGCAGGAGGCUCAUUGGUGGGGCAGCUCCAGAAACAGUGAGACCAUGUAACGAUAUUCCAUGUCCAACGUAUCAAUACAGAGUUGGGGCGUGGGGACAGUGUGACUCAGUAUGUGGGACAGGGAAACGUAGCCGUCAAGUUGAGUGUGUUAAGACGCAAGGAAGUGUUGUGAGCAUUGUGUCUUUACAAGAAUGUACUGAUAAUGGUCUAAGUGAGCCACCAAUUUCUGUUGAAAGUUGCAGUGUUAGCUGCCAAUAUAUGGCUACAGAAUGGAGUACGUGCAGUGCUACUUGUGGUGAUGGAAUGAGACAAAGAGAAAGACGUUGUAUUCAGACAAUAGAUGGUGUUCAAACACGAGUUGAGUUUGAGGAAUGUGUUAAAGACUCGAGUGUAGUUGUUCAGCCACAAGAAGAGACUGAAAGUUGCAGAAUAAAGGAUUGUGUAUGUGAAGAGCCCUACUAUGUUGCUGGGGAUUUUAGUCUCUGUUCAGCAACAUGUGAAGGCUUGCAGACUCGUACUAUCAGAUGUGACUGUCGUGUUGAAGGUGUUGUACGACAAGAAGAGAUGAACAUAUGUCAAGCACUGACUACUGGUCCUUUUCCAGCAACAGAGAGACCAUGCAACGAUAUUCCAUGUCCAACUUACCAUUAUAGAGUUGGGAGUUGGGGAGACUGUGACUCAACUUGUGGUGCUGGCCAACGCCGCCGUCCAGUUCAGUGCAUUAAGACACAAGGACCCGUUGUUACUGUUGUACCUCUGCAAGAGUGUAUUGAUAAUGGUGCAGGUCAACCACCAGUUGAUGUUGAAAGCUGUAACAGCAGGUGCAGAUAUCAAGUCUUUCCAUAUCAAGAGUGUUCAGUUUCAUGUGGAGGAGGAAUCCAAACAAGAGACGUUUUUUGUAUUAGAACAUCUGAUUUUGGUAGGCAGAGAAUGGCUUUGGUAGAAUGUGCUAAGGAUCCAACUAAUACGGAAGAUUUACCAGAAACUGAAAGAGCUUGUAAUGAGCAGGAAUGUCCAUGCUUGAAUCCUCGGUGGCAGCCCAGCGUGUGGUCAGACUGUUCUCUAUCAUGUGGAAAUGGAACACGAACCAGGACUGUAGAGUGUCGCUGUUUCAUUAGUGGACGAGACACGGUCGCUCCAGACGAGAAAUGUGAAGGUCGGAGGCGUCCUCAUCUGAGAGAGAACUGUUACACACGUUGUCCUUGUGUUGAUCCUCAAUAUGUGGCUCUCCCAUUUGGUUCAUGCGACAAGACGUGCGGUAGUGAUGCAUUUAGAAAACGAAACUUGGAAUGUCAUUGUCAGAGGGGAGAAGAAGAGGCAGUCGAGGACAUAGAACUGUGUGACAACAGAAUUCCAGAACAGAAGCCCGCUGUAAUUGAACCUUGCGAACUUGGUGAUUGUCCAUGCACUAAUGAUACCAUCAGAUAUCUCUACACCAGGUGGGGUGAUUGUGACAGAGAAUGUGAUGGUACAAGAAGACGAAAGGUCCAAUGUCGCUGUGAAACAGAAAAUGUCGACAAGUGGGUUGAUGACGAGAUUUGUGUGCGAUACCUUGGUCAAGCUCCAGUUACCAGUGAGCAAUGUGAACCUCCGUGUAUAGCAGACUGGAGGACAGUGACAGGCUGGACCGCUUGUUCAAAGUCAUGUGGCCAAGGAACCAAGACAAGGGUAGUUGUGUGUGAGGUAUUUGCCAAUGGCAGACUGGUUGAUCGGGGUAAUGAUUCACAAUGCAUUGGUGCCGACAAACCCAUGGAAAGUAUGGAGUGUAUGGGUGCAGUAGCUGAAGACAAGGCUGUGUGGAUCACCUCAGGAUGGACCACUUGUUCCAAUACGUGUGGAGUUGGAGUGAAACAUCGCCAAGUAAAAUGUGUAGGCAAAUGCACUGGACGGCAAAGGGGUGAACGACGCUGUCUCUCAUUCACAAAGCCCUAUCACAAAGAGGGAUGCAAUUUAAUCCCAUGUGAAUAUGACAACUGUGUAGACAAACGAGAUGGACUCAACUGUGACAUGGUAGUACGUUUCAAUAUGUGUAAAGACAUCAAGCAUCACCGGGAUUGCUGCCAAUCGUGUCGGCAUGUUUUGCUGGGCAAACGUUAGAUCAGCUCAUAAAAACAGGACCGUGCUAUACUGAUGAUAUGAUUUUUUUUCUUUUCCUUUUUGUGUUGAUUGGCUUUCUUGUAGACGUUAGUUUGAUUUUAUGUGAGUACCAGUUAAAUUGUCUGAUACUUGAUUCUGUUCGUGCUGGGCCAAUAAGAUGUCUAAGGAACUAAUUAACUAGUUUAUAUGUUAGUCUUGCUAGAGCAUACAGCAAGGAACCACAUGCAUUUCAAAGUUAGGCAAAUAUGUGACGUCGUGGAUGACGUUGUAA